AUGUUGAUCCCUAAAGCAGCAACCUUUGCUCUGCUACAGUCAGUAGCAUUGGGAGCUUCAAGCCGCCCUCAUCGUUGUGUCAUCCCAGCUUCCAAUGCCACGGCUGAUGAUUCUGCGACCGUGAAUCGAGUUUUGGCCCAAUGUGCCACGGAUUCCGUCAUUGUCUUCCAGGAAGGAGUGGACUAUAAUAUCUUCAACCCAAUCAGUGCCACCAAUCUCAGUAAUGUUGAGAUUCGGAUGAACGGAAAUCUUCAUCUACCACAAAGUGUAGCAGAAGUUCAACGCAUUGUGAACGGGACGAACCGAGUCCUGUAUUCGAACGGCCAAUAUUGGUUCACUUUCUCGGGACCCAACAUUGACUACAUUGGCUCCUCCAAUGUCGAAAACGGCUGGAUUAACUCAUACGGUCAAGCCUGGUGGGAUGCCAACCCCGUGAACGGGACUGGGAUUGACUCUCGUCCGCAUCUGAUGAGCUUCAAGACCACUAAUGGAACGCUGAAAUAUUUCAAAUCACGCAAGCCGAUUGCCUGGAAUGGGGAUAACAUUGCCGUUAGCCAUGCCUUCAUUGAUGCUGAGUCCACUGGCUCGUUUCCGUUCAAUACCGAUGGGUUUGAUGUCACUGGGACCAACAUCCGAAUUACAGAUAGCGUGAUUUAUAACGGUGACGACGCGAUCGCCGUGCAAGAUGGCUCUCACGACGUCGUCUUCGAACGGAACACAAUCGGAUAUCAAAGCCACGGGAUGAGCAUUGGCUCGCUUGGCGAGGACCAGACCGAUUAUGCCAACGUAUCAAAUAUCCGAUUCGAAGAUGUCACAGUCAUCAAUGCUGUCUACGCCGCACGUUUCAAAUCGUGGAUGGGUGGACAGGGCAUGGUGAAGAAUGUCACUUGGAAGAAUAUUCGUGUCUACAACGUCACUUUCCCCAUUUUUGUGACCCAGAGCUAUGUCAAUCAGGGCUCGUCCCAGACUCAGCUAGGAAAUGGGGCUACCACCGGUCGAGUCAACAAUGCAUCUGUCAUGAUGGAGGACUUCACAUGGUCCGACUUCACUGGCACCGUGAACACAUGGAAUCCGGGCGAUAGGUCAUGUGUGACAGAUCCCUGCUGGUAUAAUAAUGGGUUGCCAAAUCUCAAACAUACUGAGGCGGCUAUCAUUGAAUGUAACACCAAUUCUUCUUGUAAGAAUUUUGCACUGAGCAACAUUGAGGUCAUCCCACAGAGCAUGGCAGCAUCUACAGUGAUUUGCAUCAAUGCCACUGCGGAACUCAAUCCUCAUCUGGGGUUCAAUUGCAGGAAUGGCACCUUCGUUCCUACCUGA